GGAACGAAGACGGGGCAGUAGACAAUAUAGCCAAGUAUCUUAACUGAACUUCAGAUAAAGGAUCUACAUCUGCCCGCAGAAUUGGUGUAAUCGCAUCCCACAAGCGUUCUUCGGCGUCUUCAGCUGAGAUGAAAAUCAUGGCUCGUCUCGUAGGGUUUUGCGGCCGGACAUUGCCCACGCGGCCUCCGAGAGAGCCCACUCUCCGACUUCUACUUCUAUGUGUACAACUAGAUGUAUACACCCAGAGCGCUGAGAAUUUCUUAUGUAGGGGACGGGCUUCGAAGUCUCGUCUCCCUCGCCUGCUGUGUCUCCUGCCACUUGCUCGACUGUUUCGAUCUGAUCCGCCCUCUCCUCCAGUGUCUGUUCCACUGUUUUAUUCGUUGCUUUGUCCGUCGCCGUCUUGUCUGCUGCCGUCUUUCAUGCUCUCUUAUUUAGCCUUUGCCUCUUUGCCCUGUUCUUGUCUGUCUAAUGUUGCGUCUUCUUCUUCUUCUUCUUCUUCUUCUUCUUCUUCUUCUUCUUCUUCUUCUUCUUCUUCUUCUUCUUCUUCUUCUUCUCCUCCUCGUGGCUUCCUCCACACUUUCUCUCUGACGUCUUAUCGUGCCUUGAGUGGUUUUAUGGUUGAGAUGCGUUGUGAACUUAAACAGAGUUCAUCGCGCUAUCUCGCAGACGCAGUCCCUGGACCCACAGUAACACUUUACGUGCAGCCCCACCAUUAUUUUGUGUUGCUGUGGGGUUUCCUUUCACUUCAUCUAUGGGACACUAAAAAGCCGCAGACCUCUGUUUGCAGACAGUGAAGGGCAAGACUUGCCUUCACCUGCAAUCUCCCAUCCAUCGAACUUGUAGUCGAACUCGCGGAAAGCCGCCUGCACUACUAUAUGUCCUGCACUACUAUGUGUCAACACACUCGCCUAAAAGUUCCCAUAAACCAAUUCCUACCUAUCAAAACCGCAAUGUCGCAUCCUUACCCGCAUGUACUGACCUACAGACUUCACACCCAAGACGCCGCGGCAGCGGGGUCAAACUCACAUUCAACUCUCUUGCGGCAUUGAAAUCGGCAUGUUUAUGGAGCCACUGCAGAAAAUA